CGUAGACUUUUAUCUUUAGAGGGAAACUUUACCACCGGUCUAUACAACAUCCCCAGCAACGCAUCUGUUGAAGAUGCAGAAUGUGAAAGCCAUACUACUCAGUUUAUUCAUCUGAUUUGGGGACCAGAAACAUCAAAACAAUCAUUACUAAUGUAUUUUGAUAAAAUUAAUGACACAACUGUGCUUUCCUCCAUCCAAAUUCAUUUGACUUUGCUGUCCGAGGAUUUUCCGGAUGCAAAGGAAAAUCAAACAGUUCAGCUUAUUACCAGGAGCUCCGGAGAGUUUAAGACACCAGAUAAGAUGUCGUAUCACUGCACGCGUGUUCAGAAGAUGAAUAUGACUGAGACACUCGAUGCUGAGCCGUUAAUUGGUUGGAUCAGCGUCCGUCACGUCCAGGUGGAGGCUUUCCGUAGGGCUAACGACACUGGUUUUUCAGUUGGACACGAUUGCGAUAGCUCGGAAACUUCGGAUGUGGUUCCCAUUGCCGUUGGAAUUGCUUUAGCUGCAUUAAUUUUGGUGGUAUUAGUAUCAUAUCUGUGUGCUAGGCGUCGUUCCACCUCCCGCGGUUACAUGAGCUUCUAAUAGAAGAAUAUCAGCUUAAUUGGGCAGGUUGCGAAUUAAAGGAGUAUGGACAGCAAAUUGUUAGAGAGAAAUUUAAAAUUGAUUUUUAUAAUUGGAAGCCUACAUUGAUUAGUAGAAGUUGAAGUGGUUUUAUUUUUUUUUUUAAGAGGGACAUCAAGCUCAGUUGGGUUUAGAGUAAUAAAACGGUUCUUUAAUACCUUUUUUUUACGUCUCUGUCUUCGUAAGUGUCCGAUAUUGGUUCUUGUAUGCUUAUAUUUGUGUUUUAUUUAAUUGGCUUGAGCAAUGUAAAUGUAAAAUAAAUAAACAUUUUUCUAAAUAAAUCAACUUCUUUAAUGAAGCUACCGUGUUAACCCCAAAAAGGUGAUUUGACAGAGGACUCUUCUAUCGUUAAGGAAAUAAAAUGUACGCAAUACCAACAAGUAUAAAUUCUACUCAAAUGUUAUAUUUUUUAACCAUUAUUAUAGGGGCAUAGAAAUGUUUGUACUCCUGUCCUUGAAACUGUAAUAAAUAAGAUUUAAAAACAAACAAAA